AUGCGAGCGGCGAUUGGUCGCCGAGCCCCACGGGCCCUGAGCCACCUGCCUGCCUGCCCUCCCCUCCUUCCCCUCCCCUCGCCUCGGCAGCCCCGGGUUGCGCCACGCAGGAAAAGCCGCCGCAGCUCUGCCCGCGGCGCUCGUCCCCUCCCCGAGUGGCUGGUGCCUUGCGCACCCCCCAAAAACAGAUCCUCCAUCGCUUCAGGGACCCCCCCGGACACUGUCGUUCCCUCAGAGACCCCCCCAAAACAGCUCCUCCAUCGCCACAGGAACCCCCCCGGGCACUGUCAUUUCCUCAGGGAACCCCCAAAACCGCUCUUCCAUCGCCACAGGGACCCCCCCGGGCACCACCACUCCCUCACGCACCCCAAACCCAGCUCUCGGCACCGCCAUUCCCUCACGCACCCCAGGACUCCGCUCCUCGUCACCACAGCACCUCAAACCCAGCUCCUCAUUGCUACAGGGACCCCCCCGGACACCACUGUUCCCUCACGCACCCCAAACCCUGCUCCUCCAUCGCCACAGGGUCCCCCCUCAGGACCACCAUUCCCUCAGGCACCCCCAAACCCAGCUCCUCCAUCGCCACAGCGUCCCCUCAUCACCACAGCAUACCCCCUCAACACCACCAUUCCCUCAGGCACCCCAAAACCCCACACCUCAACGCCAUGGGGUCUCCCCACCGCCCCAGGAUCUCCUCUUGGCAUCAUCGUCCCCUCAGGCACCCUAAACCCCACUCCUCGACGCCACAGGGUCCCCUCCGAUUCCUGCUGCUCCUUCACACGCACCAGAACCCACCUCCUCAGCACCAUACCAUUCCCUCCGUCCCCUUCCAGCACGAUUCCCUCCGGCACCCUGAAACCUCGCUCCUCAACGCCACGGUGCCCCUCUUCCAGCACCAUUCCCUCUCAAGCACCCCAAAACCCCCUCAGUCAACACCUCACCAUCACCUUCCCAGCACCGCCAUCCCCUCCGGCACCCCAAAACCCCUCUUCUCCUCAACAUCUCACCGUCAUCCUCCAGCACCCCAAAACCCCACUCACCACCAUAGCGCCCCCCUCCCAGCACCACCAUUCCCUCAAGCCCCCAAAUCCCCUCUCUCAACUCCUCAUCAUCCUCCUGCACCCCAAAACCCCACUCACCACCAUACCCUAA